AUGGAGUUAAUUGUUCUCAAUCUGCCAUGUUUACAGGAGAGUUAUGUCAAGAAUAUUUUCCAAUUUCUUCAGAAAUAUUCUAAAAGAGGAGAUCUUCUGGACGAUCAUGCUACCCCUGUUCCGGACGAUUUAGCUUUUACUGAGGAAGGUAGUCCAUACGAUCUCGCUAUCACCGAAAAAGAUGUUCGGGACGAUCUAGCUAUCCAUGAAACUGGUGUUCCGGCCGAUCUAGGGGUCCAUGAUGAAGGUGUUCCGAACGAUCUAGAUAUCCCUGAAGGAGGUGUUCCGAACGAUCUAGCUAACUCAAAAGCUAACUCAAAAGCUGAAGUUCAAGGCAAUUACAUCUUCAACGAUUGCAAGGAUCUAGUGGUAUCUUCUAGUAGAUGCGGAAAUCGCACAUUAAAAUAUUCAUAA